AUGGAAGAAAUAACAGAGCUGAGGGUAGAGGAAGGAGCCGUGCCUAGUCUCUGCCAAUUGCACAUGCAAUAUUGUGGGGGAUUGAUGACACUACCAGAUGGGCUGAGAUAUCUUACUAAUCUCAGGGAAUUAACCAUCAUAGGGAUGUGUAAAGAACUCCACCGUCGGAUUGAAGAAGAUGAAGAGGAUUUCUAUAAAAUUCAACAUGUACCUUCCCUUGUAAUUGGAGAACUGUGGGACCCACCACUGAUACAAUGA